CAAAACCGUGCAGCCUGGCGGAGACGCCCCUAGAUGAUAUCGGACAGCACACUGGCUGGCUGGAUGGUUAUGGAAGGCAUAAGAAAGGGAUCUUGAAGUCUCGUGGUAGGCCAGGUUAGAACGGUGGCCAUCAUUGAAUGGCUGCUACACGAAUACGUGUGUCACGAUCUUAUUUGUUUCGUUCAGGAAUUAUUUGUCUGCGAUCAAUGUCGUCUGUCGGGAUGGACGACAUGGGACUGGCGACGAGUCGGUCGCCCCUUGAAAGACUUGAGUUCGACAAUGUUGUUCUAAAAAAGCUUCCCUUGGAUCCUUCCCACGAACCAGGUGUUAGAAUGGUCAAGGGAGCAUGCUUCUCCCGUGUUCAGCCGACACCACUCACCAACCCUAAAUUCGUGGCUGUUUCUGGCCGAGCGCUUGGCUUGCUCGGACUGAAUGAAGAAGAAGUUCAGAAAGAUCCACUCGGCCCUGCAUAUUUGAGCGGCUCAAAGGUGAUGCCCGGAUCCGAGCCGGCUGCACACUGCUACUGCGGACACCAGUUUGGUAACUUUGCGGGUCAGCUGGGUGACGGAGCAGCUUGUUACCUGGGCGAAGUUAAGGCGCCAGCUGAUCAGAACUCUGAGCUGUUGAAGGAGAACCCAUGUGGGCGAUGGGAAAUCCAAGUUAAAGGAGCGGGGUUGACACCCUACUCUCGACAGGCAGACGGGCGAAAGGUGCUGCGCUCGAGCAUCCGGGAGUUCCUCUGCAGUGAGGCGAUAUUCUCUCUGGGAAUCCCGACCACUCGUGCCGGGUCCCUGGUCACCUCUGACUCCAAGGUCGUCAGGGACGUGUUUUACAGCGGAAAACCUCGUAUGGAGAGAUGCUCCGUGGUGCUGCGUAUUGCGCCCACGUUCAUUAGAUUUGGCUCUUUUGAGAUAUUCAAACGGGAAGAUGAGCACACUGGCAGACAGGGCCCAAGUUACGGCCUUGAUGAGAUCCGCACUCAGAUGCUGGAUUAUGUCAUAGAGACCUUCUACCCAGAAAUCCAGCAGAGCCAUCCAGACAUGGUGGAGAGGAACACUGCCUUCUUCAGAGAGCUGAUGUCACGUACAGCACGCAUGGUGGCCCAGUGGCAGUGUGUGGGCUUCUGUCACGGCGUCCUCAACACGGACAACAUGAGCAUCCUGGGCCUCACACUGGACUACGGCCCCUACGGCUUUAUGGACCGUUUUGACCCGGACUUCAUCUGCAAUGCAUCCGAUGAGUCUGGCCGGUACUCGUACCAGGCCCAGCCAGCGAUCUGCCGCUGGAACCUGCUGAAGCUGGCGGAGGCCCUGGCCCCUGACUUGCCCCCGGAGCGUGCGGAGGCAGUGCUGGACGAGUACCUGCCCCUGUACAACUCCUUGUAUGUGGCCAUGAUGAGGCGCAAGCUGGGCCUACUGCGCAAGGAGGAGCCGGAGGACGAGAUGCUCAUCACCCAGCUCAUGCAGACCAUGCACAACACGGGUGCGGACUUCACCAACUCCUUCCGUUGCCUGAGUCAGGUGAGCUGCCCAGGUGAGGGUGAGAUGGAGGCCGAGGCUCUGAAGCAGGCCGCUCACCUCCUGUUGGAGCAGUGUGCCUCUCUGCAAGAGCUCAAGGAUGCCAGCAGACCCACCAUAGACCCACGUGAGCUGAUGAUGCUGUUGUCCAUGGCUCAGAACAACGCUGCGCUGUUCCAGAUGUUGUCCCAGGGCCGAAACCUGACCAAACAGCUGGAGCGACUGAGCCGGCUGAAGGAGCUCCUGGAGACCAGCGAUGACCAGCUGAGGACCAAGCAGCUGGAGGACUGGACCAAGUGGCUCGCGCUCUACAGGGAGAGACUGAGGCGGGAGUGUGAAGGUGUGUGUGACGUGCAGGCUGCGCAAGAGGAGAGGGUGCGUGUGAUGGACAGCACAAACCCUCGCGUUGUGCUCAGGAACUACAUUGCCCAGAAUGCAAUAGAGGCGGCCGAGAACGGAGACUUCUCAGAGGUCCAGCGGGUGCUGAAGGUUUUAGAACAUCCUUUUAGUUCCGUGCCAGGUUUGGAGCAGCCUGGUUGGCUGGGUCGGGGAGGGGCCGAGGAGCCAGGAGAGAAGGAUGAGAGAGGAGAGGGGAGUGGGGAAGAGGAGGGGGCAGGGGCAGGGGCAGCAGGGGCGGGCAGCUCGGCGGCAGCACAGCGUGUGCUCGUCCCCUAUGACAGCAAGCCUCCUGCUUGGGCCAAUGAGAUCUGCGUCACCUGAUCCUCAUAAGCCUUUCCUGAACCACAAUGGCCUCUGGUGCGACCCACGCAGAGAGAGAGAGAGAGUAGGUGUGUGUGUGUGUGUGUGUGUGAGAGAGAGAGGAUUUCAAAUGAAGGAUGGAGCACUAUUUUUCUUUUCCUCUUACGCAUGAGUAAUUGAUUUAUAGCUCUUCAUUCCUCUACUACACUGUGAUCUCUGUCUGUCUCCAUAUACGUCUGUCUGUCUGUCUCUCUCUGUAGGGUCUUGCAUGUUUAGGUCAAAGGUCAAGGAAGGCAUGUGUGUGGUGUGGAGCUCCUGAGUCAAACCAGUGAAGAUAAAGACGGAGAGAGGUAGAGAGAUCAGUAGUUCAGAAUCACAUCACAGGACUUCAGCAACAUGGGUCUUGACAUUGAAUGAACUUGAGUUUAUUGUUUCUGAUCGAUCAUGUGCAGAAGGCUAGCUGAAAACUAACCUGAAAAUGAUGGUGGUGGUGACGCGGUUUGUGAUGACCUGUCCCUUCUGCUCUUCUCUGUCUUGCUCGCCGGCUGGUUUUGCAUGACGUCUCACACCUCUAGUCCUACCGGGGCAGGUGUGAGUCUGAAUUACCAGGAACCAAACACCUUCAUUUGUACCAAAGCACUUUGUGCGUGAGUGUGAGUGUGAGUGUGCGUGCGUGUGUGUGUGUGAAUGCUGACUCCUCCUUACCUGAUGUCUCAGCGCACAUAACUACAGAGGCAGAUGCUUCACAGUCUAAGCGCACAAACUCAGCCACGUUUAACCAUAUCCUAUUUCCCUCACUGCGGUAGGAUUGCUGCAUAGAGGUAGAACCAUACCAUGUACUCAUUCCAGCAUUCAUAGCGCUUAGAUAAAUACAUGAAACAACUCAUAGGGUCAUUGUUAACAGGAAUUUGUUUUAUAUUUUGACUUUGGGAUUGCUUUGAAUUUUGAAAACAAGGGAGUGGUUUUAAGAUAUGCAAUGAUACAGGUCGUGUUAACGAUUUUUUAAGGAGGAAAAGUAAAUUCAGUUUGCAUUUAGUUUUUCAACAUGUAAACCUAAUUCAAUGGGGAAAUGUUUCAUAUUUUGAAGAGGGAAAGUAAUUUAAAUUUACAAUUGAUUUUCAACAUAAAAACCUCAUUUGGGAAGGAAAUGUUUUUUUGUAUGUCUUCAACUCAUGUAUCCUUUUAAUAAUGAACACUGCACUACAGUAUAUAUUGCAUAUUUACCCCUGCAAUACAGCUAACCCAAUAAAUCUGACAGCAAAGACA